GCUUGGCGUCAUAUCACCUUCCGAUCUCCUGGAGAAAACAGCCUCCCUUACACACUUUGAGAAAGCUGUUAAAAAGCGUGUCUUAGUAAAUUCCCUUGCGGGUUGACAAGUGGAUAAACUACAAAUAUGAAACUUGCAGCAAUCUUGCUGACACUAGCUGCGGUGAGCGAGGGCUCCCGUGUGCUUAUGGUGCUUUCCCUGGGCUCUCAGUCUCACAAGAACAUCCUGACCCCGCUGGCCGAGUCCCUGGGUCGCCGUGGGCAUCAAGUGACCCUGGCUUCGCUGCACGCAGCCCCGCCCAACGCCACGCGGUCAUACACUGACUUGGCCGCUACCGGAGCCUGGGAGUCUGUCAAGAAAGUGACUGGUGAAUUCGAUGUCUUCAAGAUGCGUGAGGCCAACGGUGGCAAGGAUGUUAACUCUCAGGUGAUGAAAAAAGUCCUGCGCCACCUGCCGGAGUACUGCGACGCCUUCCUGCGGGACCCCGGCCUGAAGAAAGCCUGGGAAACUCGUCCUGACCUCAUCCUUCUGCCUGCCUUCAUGAACGAGUGCGGCCUGGCGUUUGUGCACAAGUUCAAGGCACCCUUCAUCUAUGUGACUACCUCAGGCCUCACUCCAUGGACCGCAGACCUAGUUGGUACUCCGGAGAACCCCGCAUACGUGCCCAAUCAGUACCUCAGCUACGGCGACCAAAUGACCCUGUGGGAGAGGACUGUCAACACACUCGUCAGACUGGCCAGUCCUUACCUCCGCAACCACUUGGUGCUGAACAAGCUGGAGGGCGUCGUGCAGCGUGCCCUAGGCGAUCCAACAGUUUCACUAUCGGAGCUGGAGAAGAACGUGUCCAUGGUGCUGGUCAACUCCCACUAUUCCCUGGGACACCCACGCCCCCUCAUGCCCAACGUGGUGGAGGUGGGCGCCAUGCACUGCAGGCCGGCACGCCCUCUUCAAGACAAGGCACUUCGGGUAUUCUUGGACUCUUCCCCCGUGCCUGUGGUUCUCUUCAGUCUGGGCUCCACUAUCCGCAGCGAGCAAAUGCCAGCAAGAGUGCGCGAGUCGUUGGUGGAAGCGUUCAGGCGCCUCCCCUACCGUGUGGUGUGGAAGUGGGAAGGAGCCGCCAUCGCUGACCUGCCGCCCAACGUGAUGACGCGCGCCUGGCUACCUCAGCAGGACGUGUUGGCCCACAAGAAUGUGCGUGGAUUCGUUACGCAUGGUGGACUGCUGUCGCAGCAGGAGGCGGUGUACCACAACGUGCCGAUGGUUGGGCUGCCACUCAUGAGCGACCAGCACCUGAAUGUGAAGCAAGCCGUGACGCUGGGUCUGGCCCGCGAGCUGACUGUUGAGUCGCUGUCCGCCGAUUCUGUUUACGAGGCCAUCAAGACAGUGGUGGAGGACCCUGGCUUCCAGCAGAGGGUAGAACAGCGAUCACGGCUGCUGCGGGAUCAAGAGACAACCCCCUUGGACCGGGCUGUAUACUGGAGUGAGCACGUGAUGCGCCAUGGUGGAGCUCAACACCUGCGAUCCGUGGCAGCCGACAUGCCGCUGCAUCAGUACUUCCUGUUGGACGUGGCGGCCGUCCUCCUGGUGACGGCGGUGGUGCUGGUGGCGGUCGUGUGGUGGGUGGUGCGGGCAACAAUUCGAGGCGUCCUGCGUGGACUGAGGAAGACUGCAAGGAAGCUGCUGACGGCAAUGAGGACUGAGGCCAAGAUCUAGUGAAGUCCCCCGCUGAAGGAGUAAUGGAUCUCAAGCUUCAUCUGCACACCACUGAUCGUCUUCACUUGCUCAUUGCCACUGUAUAUACUUAAUUGAUCGCCUUCAUGUCUUCCAUUUAUAGCGAGUCAUCAUUCAGUAUCAUUAUACUGAUCGCCGUCAUGUCUCCCACUCAUAACAAUUAAGUCACCAGUCAACAUUAUUACAUAGAUCGUCUUGGCUUAUCCAUCUCAGAGCCAAUCAUCAUUCAUCAUUCCAAUAUUCAUAUUCAGUAACAUCACUACAUAGAUCGCCUUCAUGACCUCACUCAUAACCAUCUUUCACCCUUACUACAUGAUGAUAUGAUCGCCUACAUGUCUCUCACUCAUGGCAAGAAACAAUCACUUAUCACCACUUAAAAACGUUUACUCUACUUGUGCAUUAGUAUCUGUGAUACGCUGCUGAGAUAAAACUAUUUUUUUACAUGAUUUAAUAAAUUUGUCAAUGAA